AUGAGCGAAUCGAGUCCUCGGAUUUCUCGGCCCGACGCCAUCGUCGACCCGCGGUUCUGCGCUUCGUACCCGAUCGACCUCACGUUCUUCAUCAACGCCUCCUGGUUGAACUGUGACCGCCUCGCCGUGACCGACAUCAACGGCAACGUCAUCUUCAAUGUUGAAGUCCGUAAGCGGAGCCUCAGAAGCUGGCAUGUAGUCGUCGACGACUCCGGCAAGCCUGUGAUCGCGAUGCGGGAGAAGCUGCGUAUCGUGCAUGACCGGUGGCAGGUCUUCGAGGGAGAUAGCUCGGAUCCUAAAGAUCAGCUGUUUAGCGUCAGGAGGACUUCUUCUGACCAAGUCAAGACCGUGUUGGAUGUGUUCUUAGCUGCCAACACCAAGGAAGAAAUCAUGAGCAAAGAAUACAAAUUAGUGAACAGCUCAGUAUCCAAGGAUGCUUUCGGGGUGGCCGUCAACCCAAACGCCGACUACUCCUUCAUUACUGCUCUGGCCAUAAUUCGACAUGAGUUCUUUAAAGUAGACAUUGUAACCUCUGAUGAAAUCUAUGAUGAAAUCUCAUUUGCAAUCUCAGCUGCAGUAGGUGGAUCCUAA